AUGACCUGGUCAAUCGUUCAUUUUGUAGUUGACGAUACUGUGGAGGUAGUUCCUUCACAGUGGAUAAAAAGAAAUGGUUACUGUGCAUGGCCUAAGACUUUAAAAAUUAACGAAGUCAAAAAACUAGUACAAAAUAAAGUACGACCUAAUAAAUUUGAUUUUAAUUUAUUCAAGGCUCGUUGUAUGGCUGGUGACAUUGAUAACUAUUUAAGUGCUCAAAAAAAAUGUGAUAUCGCUAAAUACAAAACUGAUCUUUCUUCUACCGAAGAAAUGAUAAAGAAACGUAAAAAGUUUAAAAACAAAAAGCAAGUUUCCAGCUCAGAAUCUGACUGUGAAGAAUCUGAUGAUAAUAUGUCAAAAGGCAGUAGUAUUCCUCGUUAUCUUUCAGAUCUAGAAUCUAGCCCUCAAACAAACUCUCAACGAAAAAAUAAAAAUCUUGUACUCGAUGGUGGCAGUAGUAAUUUGGUCAAAAGACGCCAUGGUUGGUCUCCAUUAAAACCAUUAAUUAAUAAUGACGAUUUGUUAUUAGUUGAAAAAAGUAUUUUGUCUGAUAUAACUGAAACGCCUCUGCAAUCUGUAGACAACAAGUCUCCACAAUUAUUUUCUGCGGAAAAACAUCGUGAAGCAUCAUUAGAAACAAAUCACAAUUCUUAUGAAGUAAAAAGAAGAUUAUCUCUGGCUGAUCCUCGUAAUAAAACAGAAGCUGCUACAAGAUCAACAGACGCUAUAUCAAAAACUGAAAAAAGUAUUUUGUCUGAUAUAACUGAAUCUCCUCUGCAAUCUGUAGAUAACAAGUCUCCACAGUUAUUUUCUGCGGUAAAAAGAAGAUUAUUUGCGGCUGAUACUCAUAAAAAAAAAGAAGCUACUACAAGAUCACCAGGCAUUAUCUCAAAAUAUCAUAAUGGUGAUUUUGACUGUUCUCAAUUGAUAAUGACUCAAAAUAGAUCUUUGCCUAAGACACUGAGUGAUGAUUCAAAUACUUUAAAAUCAAAAAAAAUUAUACUUGAUGAUAAUGAUGCUUUCAAGAAAUCGGUUCUCCAUCAAUUAUUGACAAUUAAAUUUGAAAUACGUUCUAUGGAUGAAAAGUUAAAUUUUAUAUUAAAUGUAGUUGAAAAUGACAAAAAAGUGUCUCAUGCGAGUGAAAAAAAUCCAGAUUCAACAAAUUUUGAAACUGAUUUUCCAAUAAAGUCAUUUGAUGAGUUGGAUGAUGUUGAAAAUAAAAUAUCAACCAACACCACAUAUCGUUUGCAUUUGGUUCAAUAUAUUUCCUCUGUGGGAGGACUCACUGUGAAAAUAAUGGUCAAACGUAUAAUGGGUUUAUUAUUCAUUCCAGAAUUGCUCACAAAAUUUUCAUACAAUGGUCGCGGUAAUAAAAAAAGGUGUUUUUAUGCGUUGUUGAUAACAAAAAUUAUUUUUGAAUCUGUGCUGAAAAUCAAAAAGUUUUCUUCUUCAGACAAUUCAAAAAAUGAAAUUGAACAAGUUUUAAAAUAUAUUUUGAUUCAAACCCCAUUCAAAUUAAAAAAACAAGAUACCGCCAAAAACAAGGAAAAUCCAGAUAAUAUUCAGAUCAUUGCCGAAGAAAAUUAA